AUGAGCCGAGCAUCUAAAAGCAAGACGGAAAAUGCGCGCAGUAGCUUGCUUAGCCAAAGCGAGAGCCAGGUCUUGGAAAACUUACUCGGAAGAAGGUGUGCUUCCAUAGCCACAGCAGUAGCACAGUUGUUCAUGGCGCUUCCACACAAGCCCUCCACGUGGAGCCUUCAGCACACAGGCGUGAUCUGCCUCAUCAAAGACAACCCCCAGCGUUCGUACUUCUUCCGCAUGUACGAUGUGAAGGCUGGGAGGCAGCUGUGGGAGCAAGAACUCUACAACCAAAUCGUCUACUCCGCAUCGACGCAGUUAUACUUUCACACCUUUGCUGCUGAUGAUUGUCAAGUUGGACUGAAUUUUGCUGAGCAGCAGGAAGCGGAAGCCUUUAGAAAUGCCGUGGUGGGGAAAAUCAACCAAAGAAACAACCGGCAAGAAAGAGGGCCCCUACCUCCUGUCCCAGCAGAAAAAAGUAAUGAUCUCGGCUCCUUCCACAAGGCCCCCAGGGAUAUUCCGAGCCCCGAUAUCUCUUCACGGUUCCACUUGAUGCCUGCGGCUUCUUCGCUGCGACAGAACAAAAAGGACAAGAAGGGCAAGAAAAAGGGACUCUCCAAAGCAGAUAUUGGCUCACCCAGUGGUUUCAAGCAUGUGAGUCAUGUUGGGUUCGACCUCAACAAUUUGGAUCCGGAUCUGUGGAACCUGCUCUCCCAAGCUGGGAUCGGAGAGGCCGAGAUGAGGGACGAGCAGACCUCCCAGAUGGUCUAUAACAUCAUUGAGCGUUCAGGAGGCAUGGAGGCGGUCAAAAGGGAGGUGAAAAGAGGAGCGAGUGGGCCUCCACCGCCUCCGCCAGGCAGACAGGGUCCUCUGCCCCCUGUGCCCGGCUCGGUCCCGACGCCACCACCUACCCGAGGACGUUCUGGCCCGCUGCCUCCCAUCCCGGCACAGUCACAGCGAGCGGCGCGGGGUGCCGUCCCUCCACCGCCACCUCCGUCCGACCGAGGUUGCCCGCCUCCACCACCGUCGCACGGCCCUCUGCCACCGGCCCCCAAGUACUCUCACAGCACGCCUCUUCCGGUGGCGCCACAGCACCACCGGCGCGCUACAGGGCUCCAUCCCAUGACCGCCCCGUCCCCGCCCAGUAGAGGAGCGUCCGGAGAACCGGCACCACCACCUCCGCCACCACCACCGCCGCCGCCUUUACUGUCAGAACCCCAAACUCCUCCUCCCGCUCCUCCUGCGGCCGGCACUAAACCAAGUUUGACUUCAUCAGACAGCAGAGGCGCUCUGCUGGAUCAGAUUCGACUUGGGAAGAAGCUCAGAAAUGUGACUGAGAGCCAGGAUCAAAGCAUGAGCUCGCCUGCAGAAUCGGGCGAGGGCAUCGUCGGCGCUCUCAUGAUGGUCAUGCAGAAGCGGAGUAAAGCCAUCCAUUCGUCAGAUGAAAGUGAAGAGGAGGGUGGAGAUGAUGAAGAGGACGACGAUGAAUGGGAUGAUUGA